AUGUCAAAAAUCACCUCUCCGUUAUUCUCGCUUGAAGGCAAAGUCGCACUUGUAACAGGUGGAUCUAGAGGUCUGGGUCUGUAUAUCAGUGAAGGAUUUCUUGCUGCUGGAGCUUCCAAGGUGUAUAUCAGUUCGAGAAAAGCAAAGGCCUGUGAAGAGGCCGUGGCUGAAUUGAACCGAUAUGCUGAAUCGAAUGGUUUAAAGGGAAGAGCUUAUUCAAUCCCAGCCGAUUUAGGAAUCAGAAAGGGUGUUGAGCACUUAGCUGCUGAGUUUGCCAAACUUGAAUCCAAAUUGGACAUUCUAGUUGCGAAUGCAGGAGCUUCAUGGGGGGCCGAUUUCGAGAAGCAUCCCGACUCUGCUAUUGGCAAAGUGUUGGAUCUCAAUUUGAGAGGUGUAUUCUCAUCUAUUCAACUGUUUGCUCCAUUCUUGGAGAAGGCAGGCUCAAGCACUGAUCCAGCGCGUGUUCUUAUUACUGGAUCAGUUGCUGGUAUUUCAUCGGGCUUGAGUGGUGGAACCUAUGGUUAUCUUGCUUCCAAAGCUGCUGUCCAUCAUCUCGGAAAGUCACUUGCUGUAGAGCUUGGACCCCGUAACAUCACUGUCAACGUUCUCGCUCCUGGAUUUUUCCCUACGAAGAUGGCCAAUGGUCUUUUGGAAGUAAUUGGGGAUGAGAUCACUCAAGCUAAUCCCCGUGGUAGACUUGGUACUAAGGAGGACAUCAUUGCUGCUUCUCUCUUUCUUGCUUCCCCAGGUGGUAACUACAUCAAUGGUGUCGUUCUACCAAUUGACGGAGGCUCCCAUCUAUCUAAGCUUUAA